AUGAUCAAAUCACUGCUUUUCUUCGGAUUGCUGGGAGUGUUUUCUAUCCCAGCCAAGUCUGACCUAAUCUCGGUGUGCAUUGAGGACGACAGGGACCUUCGAGUUGACUGCAUGGUGGAACCCAAGCCCAGUCGCAUUAACAGUUAUGAGUUUUCCUGGUCGUCCGGCAGCAAAGAGGCAGUGAUUAACACCAACGUUUCCGGAGCAGCAUCUGAAUCCCAGUUUAGGGACAAAAGCUACGUCGAAGAGUUGGAGCCUCAGGGAUAUCGGUUGACAAUGACUGGCUACACAGAUACGCUCCCACACAACACAACAUACAUGUGCAAGAUCUCUGGGAAUUCUGCCACCAUCACCAUAGAAAAAGAUUUGCUGUUACCUUGUUCAGCUGUUAUUUGGAAGACUUCCUGCAUCUGGGCGAUGGGUCUCCUCAUCUUCCUGCAGCAUAUCUACUAUUAA